UUUCAGGCUUGGAAUGGCAGAGCCGGCUUCAAAUGGUGUACUGGACCCAAUAGUAAUAUCAUUGGAGGCAACUUUCCAUGGAGUCCGAGAUCGUGACUGGAAUAGCAAACUUAUUCAGUUUCCAAGAGGUGGUAUUUUAUGGGGCCUUCACCUCUCCAAGCAACAAAAUACAACUGGGAACGCGUCAAGAGUCGUCGGAUGCCUUGUCUGUUUUGGCCCUAUAAAAGAUCACAUUGAAAACUGGUCUAUCAAAUUUGAUCACGUCUUCACAAUUUCUUGCAGAAGGGUCGGCUGUGCUGGUGUGAUCCGUAAAAACUGUUGCUUCAGCGACACACAUCAUAUCGUAAACAAUUACGAGUGGGGAGAGCAUCGGCUGCCGCUACCCGAAAAUUGGGGUACCCAUGACAACGUGAGGCUCUCUUGCCAUAUCUAUAUUUCUGAAACCACUGGGGUAAAUCGAGAUAUGUUGAAAGAAUCUGCAUCGCAAAACAAGUCACAGGAAAGUGUAUCAUCGCCACUUUCAGUUUCUCAAGUAGAAUCUCAAGUAAUCAAGUUUUUUGGAGAUUUGUUACUCAAUGAGAACAUUGUGUAUAGUGAAGAAGGAUUUGAAGCAGUGGAAAAAUUAUCUGCCCUAUUAUCAUUCCCAAACGUGAUAGAAACCUGUCGGCAAUACUUAAUGAACAUUCAAUUUGGACCAUCUCAGCUCAAUGAUACUGAGCUGAUGAAACAGAACACGGGGUUCAAUCUUACUGGCUUCGAUUAUCAAGGUAAUACGGCAUCUCGGAAAGAACGAAUUGGGAAUUUGAAUGAAAACGAUAUCAUUGCAAUGUUUCAGCACCUCUGCUUAAUUGCUUUUAAAAAAUGUUGAUAAUGCAAUCCAUAAUCAAAUUUUAAUACUGCACAUAUCGCUUUAGUGAUGUAUUACAUUUUUUCAAGCCGAGAGAUAAUUCAAAAUUCGAAUGAGCUUGCCAAAAAAAAUUUCAGCUGUGCUGUCUGCUAUCUACUUUUUUAAAUAUAAAAUGUUUGUGAUAACUUAUGAACUUAUUUUUAUUCGAAGACAAUAAAGUGAAACACAUAUUUUAAAAA